UUCAAUUUUUGCGGCCAUUAAGCGUUGAGAUGUAGGCCUAUAGGAACCGGCGACGUCGCCGCCUUGUUCCGCCCACGAAUCAUUCCAUUCCCUCCCAUGCCUCCCCUCCACCCACGCGCCUCCAUAAUACCGCACCGCCACCCCAUGCCGCCCUCUCCCACACCAGAACCAUUGAUCCCUCGCGCGCCUCCAUUCAGUUUGCAAGGAAGACGAUCGAUCGACCUCGUGCUGAGCUCACUGAGAGGUUCGAAGUAACUACAUGAAGGUGCUGUGCAGCGCGUGCGAGGCGGCAGAGGCUCGCGUGCUCUGCUGCGCCGACGAGGCCGCCCUGUGCGACCGCUGCGAUCGCGAUGUCCACGCUGCCAACCGCCUUGCCGAGAAGCACCAGCGUCUCCCUCUCCUUUCCCCCGGCAGCGCCGCCCCUGUUCCGCCGCCGCCCAAGUGCGACAUAUGCCAGGAAUGCCACGCCUACUUCUUCUGCCUGGAGGACCGCGCGCUGCUGUGCAGGGGCUGCGACGUGGCCGUGCACACGGCCAAUGCCUUGGUGUCCGCGCACCGCCGCUUCCUGCUCACCGGCGUCCAGGUCAGCCUGGAUGAGCAGGACGACUGCUCCCCUGAUCAGCCGGAGCCGGCGCCUGCUCCACCUCCGAAGAGCGACCUACAGACCCCUCUUUACGGCGACGGCGACUUCAGCUGGGCAACGGCCGCGCAGACGCCGGACGCCGCCGCCGCCGGCGUCCGCGAUAGCCUCCCAAACUGGUCGGACGUGAACGAGCAGUUCGGCUCUCCGUCGCAAAGGCAAGCGGAGGCCGCAAGCAGGAGCCCGCCACCAAAGCGGAGCCUGCCGGCGCCGGCGUUCAGCGGCCAGGGUGGCAUGAUGGACUGGCCCCUCGGCGAGUUCUUCGGCGGCUUCAGCAACUUCAACGGCGGGUUCGGUUUCGGCGAGAGCGGCACUUCCAAGAAUUGCCAGGCUGACAGCGGGAAGCAAGGAGGCAGCAGCGGCGGCUCGCCGUACUACAUGUCGUCGUCGGAGGACCGGAACGCCGAAGAGCUCUUCGGACAGGUGCCGGAGAUGCAGUGGUCGGUGCCGGAGCUCCCGUCCCCACCGACGGCCUCAGGCCUCCACUGGCAGAGACGGCCGGGCUCCUACGGUGACUCCGACAGCAGCGCCUUCGUGCCGGACAUCAGCUCCCCGGACAGUUCUCUCCGGUACUGCUUCCCGGCGGACCAGCUGACCAUCGCAAAGCGCCGGAGGAAAUGCUAGUGCAAUUCAGAAGAUACAUAUCUUGGAGAAAGUGAUAUGAUUCUAGUCGUUAUAGGGAGCUGGGACAGGCAGGGAGCUAUCGUGCCAGACACUGACAUGAUUUCUGUUGGUCAGGUGUGUGGCGAUCAAUGGUGACUCAACUUAGGUAG